AUGUGGAUUAUUUUAGUACUGCUGAGAAUUACUGUUUUCUUACUCAAAUCAAAUCAAUUCCUGUCUGGGAAUCCUCAUUCUGUUGAAUUGCAACAGCAGCAACCGCCCCCACAAUUACCACAGUCAAAAUGGAAUAUUUCUCACUAUCAGACUGUUACCAUUACAAAUAAUCUUGCUGAUCAGCUAGUCAUGACAGCUGAACAUGUUGACGACGAGUUACGUCAAAUCCAUAGAAUCAAACGAUCUCAAACACAGACAAACAGUAAUAAUAAUAAUAAUCAUAAAGACUCUAAUCAUGCUGAUCAGACCGCCGCUGAUGAUGAUGAUAGUUCUUCUAAUCGUGGAGUUGAUUCUAAGAGCAGUAAUAAUAAUAAUAACAAUAAUAAUAAUAAUAUUGUCAGUAAUGUGAAUAGAGAACAUGUCAGCAAAUCGAACCAAGCCAUGCCCACAUCCUCAAUCUAUCAUCAUCCUCAACCAAUGAUGAUUGCAGAGAGUGUGUUAAAUUCUAUGGAACACGAAAAAUUGCUUCGACCAGAGAAAUGUAUACCGAUUGAAAUACCAUUAUGUAAAAAUAUUGGUUAUAAUUUAACUUAUAUGCCAAAUGCAUUCAAUCAUGAAACACAAGAAGAAGCUGGUUUGGAAGUGUUGACUACUACUACUACUACUACUACUACUACUACUACUACUACUACUACUACUACUACUACUACUACUACUACUACUACUACUACUACUACUACUACUACUACUACUACUACUACUACUACUACUACUACUACUACUACUACUACUACUACUACUACUACUACUACUACUACUACUACUACUACUACUACUACUACUACUACUACUACUACUACUACUACUACUACUACUACUACUACUACUACUACUACUACUACUACUACUACUACUACUACUACUACUACUACUACUACUACUACUACUACUACUACUACUACUACUACUACUACUACUACUACUACUACUUUGGGAUUUGAAUUGACAAUUCAAUCUCCCUGUGUUCAUCAAUUUUAUCCAUUAGUUGAAAUCAAUUGUUCCGAAGAUUUAAGAUUAUUUCUAUGCAGUAUGUAUACACCGAUAUGUUUACCGAAUUGGCAUUAUCGUUUAACCGCAUGUAAAUCAUUAUGUGAAAGUGCACGAGAUGGUUGUAUGCCAGUGAUGCGUACUUAUGGAUUUGGUUGGCCAGAACGAAUGAAUUGUGAUCUUUUACCAGAAGGAAACGAAUGUGUAAGUCGAAGUAACACACCAAAUAAUAGAAAAGUUACAUCAUCAUCGCCUUCUGAUAAAGAAGUUGCAACUGUUGAUCAAAACGCAAAAGAUCGUGUUCCUGGAAAAUCCGGCGAAACAUCACCAAAUCAUGAAUUAUUCACAUUAUUACAACAAAUUCGUUCUUAUCAUCCACAUCAAUUCAAUCCAACUUCAUCAUCACAAUCAAAUGUACAAGCAUUGCAUAACCUGCAUAAUUUCACAACUAUUCUUCCUUCUUCAGAAAUUAUAAAUCAAUUCUAUGCCUACUUAUCAAAUCAUCAAUUAAUCGAUAGUAAUCAAAAAUCCCCCACAUCAAGUCAUAAUAAACUUACCGCCGACGGGAAACCGGCGAAACGUGAUGAAUCCCGAUCAAAGUUCAUUCAAUCUUCAUCAUCAUCAUCAUCAUAUGAGAAACAAUUCAAUCCAGUUAUUUGUCACCCAUGUAAAUGUCGUGAUCCAUUUGUACACUGGUUAAAACCCCCAUUGAAUGAAGUUAUCACUGGUGGUGUAAGUGGAUGUUUACCAGCAUGUCAUAGUCCAACAUUUGAUAAUCAAUCAGAUAGAACAUUCGCAACAUUUUGGCUUGGUUUAUGGUCAAUUUUAUGUAUUCUAUCUACAUUAGCUACAAUGACAACAUUUCUUACAGAUACACAUCGAUUUCAAUAUCCAGAACGUCCAAUUAUUUAUUUGUCCACUUGUUAUUUUAUGAUUGCACUUGGUUAUAUAAUACGUGUUAGUAUGGGUCAUGAAUUGAUUGCCUGUGAUGGAUCAAUGCUACGAAUCAGCACAACCGGUCCAAUACAAUGUAGUAUUGUAUUUUUAUUGACUUAUGUUUUUGGUAUGGCAUCGUCAGUUUGGUGGGUUAUACUUACAUUGACAUGGUUUUUAGCUGCUGGAUUAAAAUGGGGCACUGAAGCGAUUGCAAAAUAUUCACAGAUCUAUCAUUUUUUCGCUUGGUUUUUUCCUGGCGCCCAAGCGAUAUUUGUAUUAAUCUUGUCCGCCGUUGAUGGUGAUCCAGUUGGUGGUCUAUGCACUGUUGGUUCAACAAAUCUAAGCUAUUUACGUAUAUUUGUAUUAGCGCCAAUGUGUAUUUAUUUAGGCUUAGGCACAGUAUUUCUAUUGGCUGGUUUUGUGGCGCUAUUUAAAAUUCGCAGUGAAAUUAAACUACAAGCACGUGGUCAUUUGAAAACCGAUAAAUUAGAAAAGUUAAUGAUACGUAUUGGAAUAUUCGGUGUGUUGUAUACAGUUCCAGCGACGGUAGUGAUUGCAUGUCAUUGUUAUGAAUUAUAUCAUCGUGAUCUGUGGAAUAAAGCGCACAAUUGUCCAUGUACACCAUUAUCCUCAAUGACGAAAGAGAUAACACAAGAAAAUUUACUUGAGAAAUUGAAAUCCAUAUUGAUCAAUCAUCAUCAACAACAUUCACUGCAAACAAGUGAUAAAUUUCUGGAGGGAAAAAAUGGUUUUACACUGUAUUUAACACCGCCAACAUAUGCCACAGUUCAACCGGAAUAUGCGGUGUUUAUGUUAAAAUAUUUUAUGUCACUUGUUGUCGGUAUCACAUCGGGUUUUUGGAUUUGGUCUAGUAAAACAGUGGAUUCAUGGCAAUUAUGUUUAAAACGAACAUUUAAUCGUUCCAAUGGGAAAAACGCAAAACGAACUCAAGCAGCUGUAUCUGUGGCUGCUGUUGUCAGUCGUACCGGAGCUAGAUCACCUCCACAACCAUCAACCAAUCCAGGUACAAUGGGUUGGCGAAAUGUUGGACAAUCAAAUAUUUGGAUGAAUAGUAAUAGUAAUCCACAAUUAUCCGCAGGGACAAAUCUCCCCCCGCCAACAUGGCAAGAUGAUUACAUUCCUAAUAGUCGACUACUUCCUCAAUUGCCUCCACCAACAAGUUUAGAAUGUCAUCAUUCAACCAGUAUCCUUAUGAAUCAUACACUACCGCCUAUACAAGGUGGAUCAACAAUGCUUGGUACGUCUGGAGUUUCAUUGUCUGGUUUACAAGUGAAUUCUGCUUCGUUUAACAGCGGUCCAUUGGAUGGUACAACUAUAAGUGGAGGUGCCGGCAGUGGAACUAAUUUACCUGGUCAACAACAACCACAUGUUGGACGUAAAAUUGAUGUCAACAAUACUACUAAUACUACUACUAAUAAUAAUAACAGUAAUAAUUUAUUCCUUAUGUCCUCAGUACCAAUGACACAUAUUUGA